CAAAAACAAAGAACAAGAAAAAAAUUAAACUCCCUAGCAACUUCAAAAUUCUUUCUCCCAGUCUUUUAAAAUUCCACAAAAUUUCAACAUUUUUUCCUCGAUCUUUUCAUACUAUUUCCUACAAUCAAUUUUUAUUAUUCAACAUGUCAACUAUAGUUUAUCAAGAUUUCCAGUCAUAUUCUAACUCGAAUAUCAUUGAAACAACUACGCUUAAGCUCAAAGUACCAACCCCAACUACUAUAGUAGAAAAUAUCAAUACUACUAACGAAAAAUGCUGGAGUUCCGUUCAAAAUCUCUCAUCCAUCAAUUAUUCGAAGGAAAUGGAAAACUCUUACAUACACAGGCUUAAUGAACAUAGCCUUGCAUUAUGUACUGAAAAUUUGGGAAGUGAAACAGGAACUGAUCAAGCCAUUGACAACAACAUUUUCUCAUUUUCAUCGCGAGAGUUCAAAACAGAGCAAUCAAAUUACAAUAAGGUGAUGAGUUAUAAAAAUACUCAAACCUCUCGAAAACUUCCACCUCUUUUAACAACGUUAAGAGGAUCGAAUUCUCUUCAAUGUCGACCAUACAGAGAAGGGGGUAGAUUAGUCAUUAAAGCAGUUGAGACCCCGCAAAUACGUACCUACUUUCAUGCUGAAAGAAGUAAUGGCAGACUUAGGCUCUGUUUUCUGAAUGAUGGAACCUCUGUUCCAACGAUCGAUGAAGAGGACGGAGAAAUGGAAGCUGAAAACGACGUAUUUGAACGUGAAAUUAACGAUGACGAAGAACGAGGAGAGGAAGAGGAAGAGGAGGAAGAAGAAAAUGGCCUGUACAUGAAAAGGGACAUGGAUGGAAAUAGUUAUGAUGUUGAGGCUGAAAUUGGAAUAGUGAAUUGUCAAAGGGUAAGUAAGUGCAAGGAAGGAAGGCAAGGGAAAAAGACAUUUUGUGAUUGGAGGAACCCUUUAUGGGUGACUACUUCCUAAAGUUUUUGUCUUUGGAACACAUCAGUUUCUAUUUUAUUUUAUUUUAAAUCCAUUUUUUUUAAUCCUUUAUGUCUCUCUCGUUAUAUUAUUAUGUUAUAUAUCUUCUACUUGCAUCAUUAUACUCACGGUGGAUAUAAGAUUUCUAUAACACAGAUUUAACAUUAAAAAAAAAUUAGAUAAAAGAAAGUGUUAAGCUAGAAUCGAUCAUAUGUACUUAGAGGGCCCAAUGGGUAGCCAUAUAUAGUUUAGGGCAAUCGGACACUAUUUGCUGAAAAAUUAUAGAA